UGUGUCGUCACCACCUUUGCUUGCAGCAUCCGCCAUUUUGCUGUAAUUUAGUAAUCCCGCUGCUUCCAUUCGUUGUGCGGCGCCAGUAAACACGGCUCUUUGAAGGAAUAUUAUCAUUACUAUUGCAAGCUGAAGAGAUAUUUCCCCGUGUCUUGCGAUGGCUGACCCAUCAGCAGAUGUGGAGGUGCCGGAGGGUGCAGAAGUGCGCAAACUGUCGGAGCUGCGGGUCAUAGACCUGAAGGCCGAGCUGAAGAAACGAAACCUGGACACGACGGGCGUGAAGAGCGUGCUAUCAGAGCGUCUUAAAAAGGCAAUCGAGGAGGAGGGUGGGAAUCCCGACGAGAUUAUCGUCGCUCCGGAGUUGACCACCAAAAAGGCUAACGUCACACCUAAACGCGCUGCCAGAGCAUUCGCUCAGGAUCCAGAGGCUGACGACACAAAAGAAGAAACAGAAAAUGACAAAGUAGCCGGGUCUUGUUUAUCUGAGCCGCAUAACGAAGAUCACCACCAGAGCCACGAGACGAGCCCUGAAGAAGACCAAGGAGCCACCGCCGGAGGGGAAGAAAGUGUGUCCGACACAGGUGCCCAGUCCAACGUGACUGCCGCUGGAGAUGCGGAGGGCAGCGGGGAUGUUGUGGGGACUGAUCCCAAAGAGGUUGGGGAGGAACAGAACGCCCCAGAAGAGACAGUUGACGGUGAAAACAAAAUGUCGCAGGCUGUUAGUGUAAGCAAACAGGGCGGCGAGGUUGAAACUGUUGAUUCAGAAACGGGGGCUAAGAAGGUUGAGGAGGAUGAGAAGACAGAAGAGAAAGCUGCUGCGGAUUCAGCCUCGACACUGAAAGAGUCCUCUUCUGUAGAGGGCGAUGAUCAGAAAAAGAGCGCUGAGGAGAAAGAUGGCAAGACCGAGUCGAAGGAUGAAAAGGGUGCUGGAGCUGGGGCCGCAGCAAGCAGCAGCAGGAAUCUGUGGGUCAGUGGCCUCUCUUCCACUACCAGAGCGACUGAUCUGAAGACGCUUUUCAGCAAAUAUGGCAAGGUUGUCGGAGCGAAGGUGGUGACCAAUGCCAAAAGUCCCGGGGCUCGCUGCUACGGGUUUGUCACCAUGUCAUCCACAGAGGAAGCAACCAAGUGUAUCAGCCACCUUCACAGGACCGAGUUGCAUGGCAGGAUGAUCUCUGUGGAGCGGGCUAAAAAUGAACCUGCAGGGAAGAAGCCAGCUGACAAGAACGACCCCAAGAGGUCUAGCAGUGACAGGAGACACUCCACUGACUCCAAGUCUGAUGGAAAGGAUGAGAAGUCUGAGGGUGAAGGAAAAGAUGGCAAAGGACGAAAUGAGAGGACUGUAGUUAUGGACAAGUCCAAGGGAGAGCCUGUUAUCAGUGUCAAAACCAAAAGCAAAAGCAAGGAGAGGAGCUCCAAGAGUCGGGACCGAACUUCUUCGAGUAAGGAGAGGAAAGACAUCUUGUCAUUUGAUCAGAUUAAGGAGCAAAGGGAGAGGGAGAGACAAAGGCAGAGGGAGAGGGAGAUCAGAGAGGUCGAGAGACGCAGAUUCACUGAUCGCAAUCGGGAAUUCCGACCUGACCGAGAGCGUGAGCGGAUCCGUCUCUUCCGGGAGAGGGAGGAGCGAAACCACUUAAUGAGGAAGAGACACUGGUUGGAGGCUGAGAAGCAGCGUCUCGACGCAGAUCGCAUGGAGCGUCAGUUCCUGGAGCGCGAAAGGCUACGCAUCGAGUACGAAAGGCGGCGAGAGCAGGAAAGGAUCCUCAGGGAGCGCGAGGAGCUGAGACGGCAGCAGGAGCAGCUGCGGUAUGAACAGGAGCGGCGCCCCGUUAAGAGGCCUUACGACAUGGACGGCAGAAAUGAAGCGGUAUGA